UUUUAAAAGAUAAAUAUAUGUAUAUAUAUAUAUAUAUAUAGUGUCUCCUGUACAUUUAACAGGCCCAUGGCAUGGAUGAUGGGCCACAAGAAAAGAAAAAAUAAAAUUUAGGGCAAAUCAUUUCAGCCUUCCCAAUCUCGCCGCCUCCCAUCUCUAUUCUCGUUCUCAACUCUCUCUCUCUCUCUCUCUCUGCACUACAAGAAUUAGAAGUUCAAAACCUAUAUAUUUCAGUUUUUCUAUCUGUCUGCAAGAAUCAAAAGUUCAAAACCCAUAUCGGCAUAUCAUUUCAGAUUGUUCAAAAAAAUCAAAACCCAUAUCUUUCAGUUUCCAUCGCCGCUGUUCCAGUUCGGGUUCGCCCUUCGCAAGCUUCAGCCGCUGUCCGCCGUCUUACGCUAUCUCUGCAACUGCUAACUUGUAUGUAUCUAUAAUUCUUGUUUUGCAAACUUGUGUAAUCUUGAAGGUAAAUUUGGCAUCACCAAAGAUACAUCAAGCUCUCCUUCCAUUUCCUUAAGAAAGUUACUGUUUGAGCCUUGUGCUAACCCUCCAAAACCAUCCCUUUCCUUUCCUUUUCUUCCAACCAUUUAUGCCAAGCACAAAUUUUUAAUCACCCUCCAUCACCUUCCCUUUCCUUUCCUCCCUUCUCCAUUGCACCAAACUGACCCUGACUUUUUUAUUUCGCUUUCAUCUUGUACGCCAUCGGCCAACCAAAAAACCUAUCCUAUGGUUUUCUGAAUUAAUAUUGUGAAGCAUGAGUAAUACCAUAAUUCUUUUCUUGUAUUCUAUUUUUUUCAUGUUCACAAUAAUCUGUGAUGCAGUAGAAUUAGACACCAUAACUGCAACUCAAUCUCUUACUGAUGGGCAAACCAUGGUCUCUUCAGACACAACGUUUGAACUGGGGUUUUUCAGCCCCUCUGGUAGUACUUCCAGGAAUCGAUAUUUGGGAAUAUGGUACAAAAGAUCUGUUGGGACUGUGGUAUGGGUUGCCAACAGAGAUACUCCAAUUACUGAUACAUCAGGAGGAGGUGUCUUAAAGCUCACUCAUGGAGGAGUUCUCAUGCUUGUCAAUACUACAAACAGCAUCUUCUGGUCUUCGUCAAAUUCAUCAUCAUCCAGUAACAACACGGUGAACCCAGUUGCACAGCUUUUGGAUUCGGGUAAUCUUGUUGUCAAAGAUGCAAAUGGUGUGAAUUUCCUAUGGCAGAGUUUUGAUUAUCCGUGUGACACUUUGUUGCCGGGCAUGAAGCUUGGAAAGAACCUAGAAACCGGAAUUGAUCGGCGUCUAUGGUCAUGGAAGUCCAGUGAUGACCCUUCUAAAGGUGACUGUUCUUUUGGACUUGAUCUUCGUGGAUUCCCACAAUUCGUCCUCAUGAAAGGUCCGGUUGAGCAAUACCGAACUGGACCAUGGAAUGGUCUCAGCUUUAGUGGCUCGGUGGGUUUAAAACCAAACAGCAUUUACGCAUAUCAAUUUGUUUUUGAUCAAAAGGAGGUAUAUUUUGAAUAUGAGCUUAUUAAUAGCUCAGUUUUCUCACGGUCUGUUUUGAAUCAGAAUGGAAUUCUACAGCGCUUGACAUGGAAUUAUAAAACACAGGAUUGGACAGUUUACACGAAUACACCAUCAGAUAACUGUGAUUCUUAUGGGCUAUGUCAGGCCUAUGGUAGCUGCAGCAUUGGUAACUCCCCGGUGUGUACGUGUCUUGAUAAAUUUAUGCCAAGAUACCCAAAAGAUUGGGACACAGCAGAUUGGUCGGGUGGGUGUGUUCGAAGAACGCCCUUGGAUUGCCACAAUGGAUCAUCAAAUGGAUUUCUCAAGUAUUCCGGUGUUAAAUUGCCUGACACACGGAAUUCCUGGUUUAAUAGGAGCAUGACCCUCAAGGAAUGCGAGAUGAUAUGCGCAAAAAACUGUUCUUGUAUGGCUUAUGCAAAUAUAGAUGUAACAACAGGAGGAAGUGGCUGCUUGCUCUGGUUUGAUGACUUGAUUGAUAUUAGGGACUACCUCGCAGAAAUUGGACAAGAUAUUUACAUAAGAAUGGCCUCCUCUGAGUUAGAAACACAUAGCAGCUCCCAUGUAGAGGGACGAUUGAAGAUUAUAAUCAUUCCUAUAUUACUUGCAGCAGUGGUACUCCUAGGCCUGUUCUUUCUCUUGUAUUUCUUAAGGAGGAAGCUGAAGAGAGUAGGUAUGGAAACUAAGAAUGAAGACAUUGAGUUACCAUUUUUUGAUCUGGACACUAUUGUAAAUGCCACUAAGAACUUCUCUUCCACAAAUAUGAUCGGAGAGGGUGGUUUUGGUCAUGUUUAUAAGGGUAAGCUAGCAACGGGACAAGAAAUAGCAGUCAAGAGGCUUUCGAAUAAUUCUGGACAAGGCCUACAAGAGUUCACAAAUGAAGUUAUUUUGAUUACCAAACUUCAACACCGGAAUCUUGUUAAGCUGUUGGGCAGUUGCAUUGAAGGAGAAGAGAGGAUGCUAAUAUAUGAGUACAUGCCGAACAAAAGCUUGGAUUAUUUCAUUUUUGAUCAGAAUAGAAGACUAGAACUUCCAUGGCAAAAACGAUUUGAAAUUGCCAUGGCCAUAUCAAGGGGACUUCUCUACCUUCAUCAGGACUCAAGAUUAAGAAUCAUUCAUAGGGAUCUCAAAGCCAGCAACAUUUUACUAGAUGAAGAACUAAGUCCAAAAAUUUCAGACUUUGGGAUAGCAAGAAGUUUUGGGACUAAUCAAAUUGAAGCCAAAACAAAGCGAGUAAUCGGAACAUAUGGUUACAUGUCGCCAGAGUAUGCCAUUGAUGGAAAAUUUUCAGUAAAAUCUGACGUCUUUAGUUUAGGUGUGCUUUUACUUGAGAUCGUGAGUGGCAAGAAGAACAGGAAAUUUCAUCAUCCUAAUCACUGUCAUUCUCUUUUGGGCCAUACUUGGUUGCUGUGGAAUGAUCACAAAGCCCUGGAACUAGUGGAUUCAUGUUUGAAAAGUUCAUACAUUGAAUCUCAAGUACUAAGAUGUAUUCAAGUGGGUCUACUAUGUGUUCAGAAACUGCCCAACGACAGACCAACCAUGUCAUCAGUAGUUUUCAUGUUGGGUAAUGAGGGAGUGGCAUUGCCUGAACCCAAACAGCCUGGUUUCUUUGUGGAAAGAAGUUUCAUUGAUUCAGAUUUAUCAAUGGGUGAGACAAGUCAUACUGAAAAUGCAUUGACAAUAACAUUAAUGGAAGCUAGAUAGAAGUAGGACUGCAAUUCGGGCGGGACCAACCAGAAAUAACCCGAGCCAAGCCCGAAAUUUUGUGGGCUUGGGCAAUGUGUUUUUAGUUUUGGUUUGGGCCUGGACUAUAUAUUUUGAGCCCGAAUUCAAUUUGGUCUGGGUUUGGGUUGAUAUGAAUGAAGCCCGAAGCCCAACCUUAGCCCGAAAAUAUUAUAUAUAUUUUUAACUAUGCUUAAAAUCACAAGUGUGUGUUUGUUUAGGAUUUAUGCUAAAGGUUUGUUUUAUUUUUUUAAUCAAAUUUUCUAAAAAUUUAGCUUUGGUUGAUUCACCCAUUGUAAAGAAUUGGACAAUGAGAAGUGGAUGGGGUUGAGAUAUUCUCCCAUUUUACUGACUA